ACUGAAAGAUUUUUGAAUCUAAAAGAGCGCUUGCUAUGAUACAUUACGUAUUAUCAGCAUUUGCGUUAUUUGAUGCCAGCUAACAACUAGCCAGAGGCCAUCAGUUGCCAUAAAUAAAUAAUAGGUGAGGUGAGGUGUGUGUGUGCAUGUAAGAGUGCGAACCAGCUGCAGCAGUAAAAUAAAAUAAAAUAUAUAUACUUACUUACCGUGAUUGUGAUUCAAGAACAAAUUCACACACGGAAGUGAAGACCGAGGGAGAGAGACAAAAAAGCGCUGUCUGCUCGGGUUGCUGUCAAAAGCAAUCUGCAGCUCGACGGGAGAAAAUUUCUGUGUUCAACAAAUACAAGUACUUGUUUAUACCUCUCUCUAGCUUAUCUUGGCUGGGUCGCGGAUAUUAGCUUUCUGUAGGUAUAAUAAGUUGGGGCUUUGGUGCACUUUACGACGUAAUAAGUACAUAUUAAACGACACUUUGAUAGAGUGACGUGACGUGGUGUGUGCUGGUGGAGAGGUAGUGGUGGAUGGGUGGUGUUUGUGUUCGCCCGUAUGUGAGUUUGUAGCAGCAGUGAGUGGCCAGUGAAGAGUGACCAACGGCUACAACAUUAUUAAAAUAUAUUGCUAACAAUUAAAGGUCAUACUUAGUCGUUGUUUCUUUUGUAAGUUAUUUACCUGUCGCGGUGCUCGCGUUCAUUGUUUUUCCGUUUCUUUCGUCUCUCUGCGCCAUUUUUGCUCAUUGAGGAUAAAAAACAAUAAUACUUUCGCCUUUGAGCAAACAACCUAAUUUCUUCUCGCGGCUUGUUACUCUCUCUCUCUCUCUCUUCCUCUUUCUUUCUCUUUCCCUGUCUUUACUUAUCGAUCUAGCAUUUGGGAUCUCGCUCAUCUUAGUCAGCUGGGGAGUAGCCAUCCGGUUCUGGUUCUGGAGUUGCGACCUUUGACAUUUCCCUGAGGUUGUUGAAAGUUGAGACGGUACAAGUCAAUAGUUCUCGAGCCACUCGGGGAUCCCAGGGUGCUUAGGUUAAAGCUGAAGAAGACAUAUUUGUUAAAAAAAAACAAUGAACCGCAAGACGGGCACUGCUACUGCCAGAUUAAAACAAGAUUACCUGAGACUCAAAAAGGAUCCUGUCCCAUAUGUACAGGCCGAACCAAUUCCUUCCAAUAUACUGGAGUGGCACUAUGUAAUUAAAGGGCCAGAAAACACCCCGUACGAAGGUGGCUUUUAUCACGGCAAAUUAAUUUUCCCAGGGGAGUUUCCAUUUCAGCCACCCAGUAUUUACAUGACCACGCCAAAUGGUAGAUUCAAAGUGAAUACAAAAUUAUGCCUUUCGAUAUCGGAUUUCCAUCCAGAUACAUGGAAUCCAGCAUGGAGUGUCUCAACAAUUCUCAUUGGUCUACUCAGUUUUAUGAUUGAAUCAAGUUCAGCCUUGGGAGCAAUCAUCACACCAGAUUACGAGAAAAAAAUUCUCGCAGGACAAAGCCUAGAGUACAACUUGAGAGAUAAAACAUUUUGCGAAUUGUUUCCAGAUACUGUUGCUUCUAUCAAAAAAGAGUUGGAACGCAGAAAAGAAUUGGAAAAACAGGCUAGGCAUCAGUCAACCAUGUCGGAAGGUUCAAACAUUGUUCGUGGUGAGCAGCAAACUGAACAAAGUUCACUUCAAAGUACACUUACGAACAUUGCCAUGUUGGUCGGUGUUGCCGUCUUUGGUUUUGCUGUCAAAUACGUUCUCAGGAGUAUUGCCACCCAAGAAUACGUUCAGCAGUAAUUUAAGCUUACAUUUGUUGGAACCGAUACAAAAGUUUGUUGAAA